AAGCCCAGUAAGCCGCCCACCUGCAUUCUCCAGGAUGGGGGUCCUAGCUGCCUCCAUUUCCCAGCCUCCCUUGCAGCUAGAUGCAGCCAUGUGACUAAGUUCUGAAUCAUGAGACAUAAAUGGAAGUGCCCUGUGGGACUUCCAGGAUGUCUCCUCUGGGAUAUCCCUUAUGCUCUGCUAGGAACAUGAGGUGAUGGCUGAGCUCCAGACAGCAAUUAUGGGGCCAUGAGGCUGCCAGUCCAACCUAGGGAUUGGGAGCUGAGAGCUGGAGGACUGGCUCCUGAUGGCCGUGGAACCAAUACCAUCCCUAGGCUGCCAGCCCAGAAUCUGGUCCGGUGUGUGAUGGAGAAAAACAAUGUUCAAGCCCUGGUUCCUUCAAGUCAAGAGUCCUCGGUGGUUUGCAACACAAACUAACUCAGAUGCAUAAGCCUGUGACUUGGGGUUGGAUGGUGGAGAGGGAUUUUUCUCUGGAUGUGAAAAGUUUUCAGCCCCCACCCCCUGGCUGGCCCCACCCAGCUCCAGAUGUCUGUCAAGGGCGCGGAGGGAGGUACUCAGGAAGAGAAAGGAAGUGGCCAGAAGGGGAAGCGAAAGCGGCAGGCUGCAGAGAGGAGGCAGGUGGGACCUGAUCGGGCGCCUCGCUGGCGAGCUGAGGGCCUGCGUCUGUGGCAAAGCCAAGAUGAACGCCAAGGCAGGACCCCCAGAGGUGCGGGGGACUCUGGCCCUGCUGUGCCUGAGCGCUGUGACCCUCACCUACGUGCUGUGGCAAGUGCUCUCUUCCUCCACCUGGCGCCACGUGCGCCCCGAGGAAGGGCCCACCGCGUCUUGGGGCCUUGGCUCCAGCCUGGCCUGGGCGCCCCUGGGAGGGGAGGCCUGGCGGCGUCAGCAGAACGACUCCUGCCGGCUUGUCCUCGUGGAAAGCAUCCCCCAGGACCUGCCGCCUGCAGCAGGCAGCCCGUCUGCGCAGCCCCUGGCCCAGGCCUGGCUGCAGCUGCUGGACGCCGCCCGGGAGAGUGUCCACGUGGCCUCCUUCUACUGGUCCCUCACGGGGUCCGACACGGGGGUCAAUGACUCGUCUUCCCAGCUGGGAGAGGCCCUUCUGCAGAAGCUGCAGCAGCUGCUGGACAGAAACGUUUCCCUGGCUGUGGCCACCAGCACCCCGACACUGGUCCGGAACUCCACCGACCUGCAGGUCCUGGUGGCCCGAGGCGCCCAGGUGCGACAUGUGCCCAUGGGAAGGCUCACCGGCGGCGUUUUGCACUCCAAGUUCUGGGUCGUGGAUGGGCGGCACGUCUAUGUGGGCAGUGCCAACAUGGACUGGCGGUCACUGACACAGGUGAAGGAGCUCGGCGCCAUCAUCUACAACUGCAGCCGCCUGGCCCAGGACCUGGAGAAGACCUUCCAGACCUACUGGGUGUUGGGGGUGCCGAAGGCUGUCCUCCCCAAACCCUGGCCUCGGAACUUCUCCUCCCACAUCAACUGCUUCCAGCCCCUCCGGGACUACUUUGACGGGGUGCCCACCACUGCCUACUUCUCGGCAUCGCCGCCCGCACUCUGCCCCCACGGCCGCACCCGGGACCUGGACGCGCUGCUGGCGGUGAUGGGGGGCGCCCGGGAGUUCAUCUAUGCCUCGGUGAUGGAGUAUUUCCCCACCACACGCUUCACCCACCCCGCCAGGUACUGGCCGGUGCUGGACACGGCGCUGCGGGCGGCGGCCGUCGGCAGGGGCGUGCGCGUGCACCUGCUGGUCAGCUGCUGGCUUAACACGGACCCCAGCAUGUUCCCUUACCUGCGGUCCCUGCAAGCCCUCAGCAACCCCGCGGCCAACGUGUCCGUGGACGUGAAAGUCUUCAUUGUGCCCGUGAGGAACCACUCCAACAUCCCCUUCAGCAGGGUGAACCACAGCAAGUUCAUGGUCACGGAGAAGGCGGCCUACAUAGGCACUUCCAACUGGUCCGAAGAUUACUUCAGCAGCACCUCGGGUGUGGGCCUGGUGGUCAGCCAGAGGGCCCCCAGCACCCAGCCAGGGGUGACAACCGUGCAGGAGCAGCUGCGGCAACUCUUUGAGCGAGACUGGAGUUCCCGCUACGCUGUAGGCCUGGACGGACAGGCCCAGGGCCAGGACUGUGUUUGGCAGGGCUGACGUCCAGCCCUUCCUGGCUGCGGAGCCCCACUGCUCCCGACCAGGCUUCCCUGCCUGGCCCCCAGUCUGGACCCCGAGCAGCUCCAUCCACACAAGCCCUGGUCAGGGACAGGACUGCCCAAUGCAGGGCAGGCGCAAACUGUUUGCUCUCCAAAUCUAGACCCUCUUAAAGCCCCACCUCCUCCAGGGAGCCCUCCAGGAUGCCCUCCCUGGCUCCCACAGAGCCGCAAUUCCUGCCCACACACGGAGCCUUUACAAUACUGUGUGCCUCCCUGUUUCUCCUGUGAGUCCUGGGUCAGGUUGCGUCCCACCUUCUCAGCCCCAGGCUGGAGUUCAGCCUCUACCCACCUGCGAGGCGCCUGUGUCCACGAGGCCACAUUGAGGCGGGGCUGGGCUUCCGCCAUGCGAGCCCCUGACUCUUGCCAGCAUCCAGCCUCCUGCCCACAGGAACCCAGAGACAGAGCAGGGGGC